UUGUGGGAAUUGGCAAAGUGCGAAGUCCACAACAGUUGAUAGUUGAGUUGAUUGCAUCUGCAUCUGCUUGUGUUCGACAUCGAAACAGAACAGGAACCUCAAACCUUUGUGUUGAGAAUCUUAGCCAUGGGCAGCAACGGUUUGAGGUACGAGAUCGAACAAAACGCUUACAUAAAACUCGUCCUUCACUCCCUCAAACACCCAACCUCCGCCGUCAACGGCGUCUUGAUCGGUCGCAUCUCCGCUUCCAACGACGUCGUCGAGAUCGCCGAUGCCGUCCCUCUCUUCCACUCUCACAUCCCCCUUCUUCCCCAAUUGGAGAUAUCUCUCAUCAUGAUAGAGGAAUAUUUUUCUGCUAAAGGGUUGAACAUAGUGGGCUAUUUUCACGCGAAUGAGAGAUCUGAUGACAGUGAGCUUGGUAGUGUGGCGAAGAAUAUUGGUGACCACAUUUGCCGCUACUUUCCCCAAGCCGCCGUUCUAUUGUUAGAUAACAAGAAGCUCGAUGCUUUGAAAAAGAGCAAGGACCGUAGUGCCAUAAUGCAGCUUUAUGUUAGGGAUACAUCUAAGAACUGGAAGUUGGUUCAGUCAGAUGGGAACAAUCGAUUUUCUCUCAAAGAGCCAUCAGCAAAUCUAGUCUUGUUGGACUAUAUUGCAUCCGAGAAGUGGAAUGACGUUGUAGAUUUUGAUGACCAUCUUGAUGACAUAAGCAAGGAUUGGCUAAAUCCAGGGCUUUUCAACUGAUCCCAGCCCUUUUGUCUCCGUUUUUGCCCUAUUUACUUUGCAAGUGGAGGAUAUUGAGGCUUAUUCUGGUGCAUAUUCUGGAUCCUCAUCGAAGAACAUUUAGGGACUAUAUUUUGACUUUUGACCCUAGGAAAGUUGCUUCAUGAAGCUUUUUCAGUUGUAUAAGCAGGAUAUUUACCACCAGUCCCUAAAGGAUUUUGGUUGUGGAGCCUCUUCUUUUCUUUUUCUUUUUUACCUUGGAUGUAGGUAUAUUAAAGUGGAGUUUUUUUUAACUCUUUUUUCGUUUGCUUUGCUUGUGAGUUGUGACGAACUUUGUUACUGGGUAGAAACAACAAAACCAUCACUCCCGUUAUCUUAGUUAAUCCAAUGGCUUUCUUAUGUUUUUUA